CUCAGUCUCUCAGAUUCCCACAUCGGACAACUGAGACGCCCAAAAUAUGGAGUACAGAAAAAUCAAAGAUCAGGAUAAAGAUGGCGAUGCUGGUGGAGAAGACAUAGAGAGCUCAAGAGGGAAAGCUCAUUCAGUGGGUAAUGUGGAUGUUGAACGCACCAGGUGGAAGCGCAAGUCCGCUGUUACGAUCGCAUUGACUGUUCUUACGAGUUCGCAAGCGAUACUUAUUGUGUGGUCUAAGAGAGCUGGCAAGUAUGAGUAUAGUGUUACCACUGCAAAUUUUAUGGUGGAGACUUUGAAAUGUGCAUUAUCACUUGCAGCCUUGGCAAGAACCUGGAGAAGUGAAGGUGUUACAGAAGAUAACAGGUUUCUCAUGUUGUAA